CCCGGGGCGGGGCCUCGGGAGUGCUCGGCCUGGGGAGCUGGUUGCGGGAGUGCCCAAGUCCUGGAGUGCAGAGGCCCAGGAGAUAUGGCGGCCCCCCGAGACGCUGAGAUACGGAAGGACGUGCAGACCUACUAUGGGCAGGUGCUGAAGAAAUCAGCAGAUCUCCAGACCAGUGCCUGCGUCACUGCAGCCAGGCUGGUCCCCAAGCACAUCCGGGAAGCCUUGAGGAAUGUACCUGAAGAAGUAGCCUUGAGGUAUUAUGGCUGUGGUCUGGUAAUCCCUGAGUGUCUGGAAAACUGCUGGAUUUUGGACCUGGGCAGUGGAAGUGGCAGAGAUUGCUAUGUACUGAGUCAGCUGGUCGGUGAGACAGGACAUGUCACUGGGAUAGACAUGACAGAAAGUCAGGUAGAAGUGGCUAAGAAGUAUAUUGAGUAUCACAUGGAAAAACAUGGCUUCCAGACACCCAAUGUGACUUUUCUUCAUGGCUACAUAGAGAAUUUGGAGGAGACUGGAAUCAAGAAUGAGAGUUACGAUAUUGUUAUAUCAAAUUGUGUCAUUAACCUUGUGCCUGAUAAGGAACCCGUGCUGCAGGAGGCGUACCGAGUGCUGAAGCACGGGGGGGAGCUGUAUUUCAGUGACGUCUAUGCUAGCCUUGAAUUGCCAGAAGAAAUCAGGACACACAGAAUUUUAUGGGGUAAGUGUUGCUUUGUUUUGUUUUACGGCAGAUACUUGUUCAUGUACAGAGAAGGUGAAAUUGUUGAAGUGGAUGAAGAAACAGCAGCUAUCUUGAAGAAUUCACGAUUCACCCAGAAUUUUCUGAUCAGACCAGUUGGAGAGAAGCUGCCAGCAUGUAGUGGCUGUUCUGCUUUAGGAUCAAAGAGUGUAAUCACAGAUCCUUUCAAGCUUGCAGGAGAGUCUGACAAUGCAAAGCCCGGAUGUUCUUCUGAUGUUGCUGGAGGCUGCUGUCUGUAAUUUACAGCUGACCAGAAGAAAGGGGCAGAUGGUGAAGGACUUACGUGUCUUUUAAUCUCCUCUUCCCCACAGCACAGACCAUAAGAAAGAAUAAAUGGUGAAAAGCCACUAUGUUCUAGAUCAUUGAUAAAAAUAAUGAAUUAUUUUUUAGAAGAUAUUAAUUGAAGGUUCGUAGCAAAUGACGUAAAGGCCGGUUAAGCGGGUUUUCCUCUCUUUGCUAAUUCAAAGUUCUGGUGCCACCUAGUGGUCCGAUGUGGAACUGAGACGCAGUCUUCGGGCUUGGCCAACGAGCAAGAAGGGCUUCAGGAGUCUCAGGAAAAACAUCUUCCUUCUGACCUGCAUAGCACCUUUUGGACUUUCACCGUGUUUGCUCAUAAAACAAAGCUCCAACUGAAAUCAUGCUAAUCAUGCCAAAAAAAUUGCAAAAUCAAAUUUGUUAGGAGUGCUCUUAAGAUAUCUUCUAAAUCAAACACUUUUUUUUUGUAAUUGAAUGAAGAAAACAAUUGAAUAAUGAAUCUCUUUGACCUCAUUAGAUCCUAAAGAAUGACAACAUUGUGACUAUCUGUAGUAAAUCUUAACCGGAUCAGGAAAGAGUGAUAAUUUUUAAAAAGAGGUAGGAGAUAUAAAAACAGUGGGUUUUCUUUUCCUUUAUAAUGUGCCCCGGUUAAACUUUUUGGAAACUAGUAGAUUUAGUUCCAGCUUCCAUAGUUAAAAAUGAGAUUGAGGACUAUUUCAGGAUGAUGUCAUCAUUAGAAACGAGAACGUUAUUUAAUUGAAGUCCAGUUGCACUUGAAGACUUUGUCAGGGGACACAGAAAGGUGUAAGUCAUAUAUAAGCCAUGGUCCUUGUCAUCAGGAGCUGAUCAGUUCUUUAAUAACAGCCUUUAAGCAAUGAAGAGUUUUAAUGAGAAAAAGCUCAACCAGUUGCUCUGACUUCAGUGCAAAAUAACAAGGGGGGAGUGGCAUGACCCAAGAGAUUUUUUAUUAGGGUUCUGAGAAUAUUUGUAAAACAUUGGAAUGGAUUUUAUAUUCCAGACCCCUCUUUUAAUAAAGCUGUUAAAAAUGGAGAAAUUCUCAGAUUUCUGAGUGGGUUCAGCCAUAGGACCUAACUUACUACUACAGAAUAAGGAGAGGACUGGGUGGUAUCUUUUAAGCUCUAUUCAUCUCUGUGACCUUGAUUCUAAACAGUGUUUUCAUGGUUCUAGAAUUCAAUAUCUACUCAGCCGUAACCUACUUCAGUGACAGCAUUAGUUAGACCAGUACAGGUGGGAUUAAGCAUACUUCACCAUCCAUGAGCCCAAGGUGGUCCUACUAUAGGAGGAAAGGAUGAAAAGAAAGGACAUUCUGGUUAUUUGAUUUAUUAGGCUUUUCUAAAUUUAGAGGGAGGAGGUUUUAGGCAAUCACUUGUCAUUCUGAAUUCUCAGUUCCCCCAAAAGAUGAUGAGGGAUGAGUGUGAACUGGAAUGUGGAAACUCGUGUUGGGCUUUUCCUAAGAAUAACCUACUUUAUACAUUAUCUUCCAACAAAAUAUACAUCAUAAGAACUGUAUUUGAUCUAGAAUCUAGAUAAAAUAUUAACUACAUAAUAUAAAAUAAAGUAGACAUGUUCUGUUCAGAAAAA